GACCUGAGAGCCGCUGAGCCGCGAGGCCGGGCCGGGGCGCCGGCCGGGAAUGCCGGGGGCGCGGCGCCGACGCCGAGGCGCGGCCAUGGAGGGGAAGCCCCGCGCCGGGGUCGCGCUGGCCCCGGGGCCGAGCGGCCGAGGGCCUUCCGCCCGCCGCGCCCGCCGCGCCCGCCGCCGCCGCCCGGGGCUGCUGCUCCCCGGCCUCUGGCUGCUGCUGCUGGCCCGGCCGGCCUCGUGCGCCCCAGAUGAGCUCUCUCCGGAACAGCACAACCUUUCUUUAUACUCCAUGGAGCUUGUGCUGAAGAAAAGCACUGGGCACAGCGCUGCACAAGUGGCCUUAACAGAAACUGCUCCCGGGUCCCAGUACAGCAGUCCUCUCCAUGUCACAGCCCUGCCAUCUGCCGCUGCUUUUGAUACAGUCUUUUUUAGCCAAGGAAAACAGACUGAAAGUACAGCAGAUCACAGCAUCUUUGUGGCAACUUACGUGUCAGUGACGAGUAAUGAGGUGGCUGUUGAUGACGAUGAGAUGGACAACUUUCUGCCAGAUACUCACUGGACCACUCCACGGAUGGUUUCUCCAAUACAGUAUAUCACAGUCAGCCCACCGGGGUUGCCCGGGGAAGCGUUAGAACCUAUGCUGACUCCAUCAUUACCCAUGGUUUCUUUACAAGAUGAAGAAGUGACAUUGGGCUGGCAGAACACAACGCAACAAGCAGCGGCAUAUGCUGAGUCCGCCAGUCUUUUCCACACCUUUCGGUCAGCUUUUCACACCUCUGAGGGCAUCGUUCCAACUCCUGGCAGGAAUUUGGUGCUUUAUCCUACUGAUGCUUACAGUCAUUUAUCAAGCAGGACUCUGCCAGAGAUUGUGGCUUCCCUAACAGAGGGUGUGCAAACCACCCUUUUUUUUAGCUCCUGGUCUUUAAUGCCGCAGCCUUUAGGUGAUGGCAUUACUAUACCUUUUCCCUCCUUGGGGGAGGUCUCACAACCUCCAGAGGAGGUUUGGGCCACAAGUGCAGACAGAUACCCUGAUGUGACCACCAUGUUGAGUCAAAGCCUAGAAGAAACCAUCUCUCCAAGAACAUACCCUACUGUGACUGCAUCGCACGCAGCCUUUGAAUUCAUCAGGACACAUUCUGCAUUGCUGUCAACUCCUGUUGUAUUUGCAUCCUUCUCUGCUCCACCAACUGAUGUUUCGUCUAACCCCUUUCUUCCUAGCGACUCCAGCAAAACCUCAGAAUUGCUUAGCAAUUCAGCCCUCCCCGGUCCUGUGGACAACACUCAUAUCCUGAGCCCAGUGUCCUCAUUCAGACCAUACACUUGGUGCGCAGCCUGCACUGUGCCUUCACCUCAGCAAGUUCUGGCCACGAGCCUCAUGGAGAAAGACGUGGGAUCAGGGGAUGGUGCCGAGACUCUGUCCAUGACCGUGCUGGAAGAAAGCAGCAUCUCUCUAAUGAGUAGUGUCGUAGCAGACUUCUCUGAAUUUGAGGAAGAUCCUCAAGUAUUUAAUACGCUUUUCCCCUCCAGACCUAUGGUCCCACUUUCUUCUAGAUUCAUGGAAAUCUCAGAGACGAGUGUUGGCAUUUCUGCCGAGGUGGAUAUGAGUAGCAUUACAACCACACAGGCUCCCCCUGCCCAUGGCCGCCUCUCUGUGCCAGCAUCACUGGAUCCUACUGCUGGCUCCUCGUCUGUUGCUGAAACCCAAGUGAUGCCAUCCCGUGUGACCACUGCAUUUUUCUCCGUCAUCACCAGCAUUCUCCUUGACUCAUCUUUCUCUGUCAUAGCAAACAAAAACACACCGUCGCUUGCCGUCAGAGACCCGAGUGUUUUUAUGCCUUUCAGUCUGGUUCCUUCAGUGGAGUCUUCACGUUUCUCUGACCAAGAACUUUCCAGUUUUUCUGAGCAUAAACCCGGAGGUGCUUUGGAUUUUGCAUCCAGCUUUUUCUCAACACCCCCGCUGGAACUCAGCGGCUCCAUCCCUUCACCUUCGGAAGCACCUGCGUCUCUGUCUCCGAUGCCAAGUGACUUGUCUCGCUUCACGUCUCAGUCUUUUUCUACCUUGGUUGAGACAUUUACAUUGUUCAACUCUAGUGAUCUGCAGUCGUCUCAGCUGUCUCUUCCCAGUUCCUCAAAUCUUGAGUUUUCGCAGCUCCAGCCAAGUUCCGAGCUGCCUUUAAACACCGUCACUUUCCUACCUAGCCGUUCUGGGGCGUCACCAUGGUCAAGCUUCCCUUCUGAUUCUCUCGAGUUUGUUGAAGCGUCUGUGGUUUCACUGAGGGAUUCAGAAGCUCAUUUUACCUCAGCUUUCACUGAAACUACCUCCUAUCUUGAGUCUUCACUCAUUUCCCGCGAAUCCGCAGUCACCGCACUGGUGCCCCCCAGCCCCGAGUCUUUUGACAUUUUGACGGCUGGGAUUCGAGCAACAUCACCAUUGACCACUGUGCACACAACGCCCAUUUUAACUGAGUCUUCUUUGUUCUCAACUCUGACACCUCCUGACGACCAAAUCAGUGAUCUCGACGGUCAUGUGUCUGUCCUGGCCUCUUUCUCCAAAGCCAUUCCCACUGGUACAGUGUUGAUCACUGACACGUACCUGCCAUCAGGAUCCUCAUUUGUUUCUGAAGCAACCCCCUUCCCUCUGCCCACAGAGCUGACCGUCGUGGGCCCAUCACUCACACCCACAGAGGUGCCACUGAACACCUCCACGGAAGUGAGCACAGCCAGCUCCGGUGCUGCCACUGGUGGUCCCCUCGACUCCACCCUGAUGAGCGACACCGCAAGUCAGAGCUCCCCAGCGAGUAGUGCUGCUCCUCCCCUACCGUCCCUGCAUCCUGUGACCGCCUUCACUCUCGAAGCAACAGUCGACAUACCAACACUGGCCACCUCCAAGCCGCCAUAUGUUUGUGAUAUCACAGUCCCCGAUGCCUAUCUGAUCACAGCUGUGCUGGCCAGAAGAGCUGUGCAGGAGUACAUCAUUACAGCAAUCAAAGAAGUACUGAGGAUUCACUUCAACCGUGCAGUGGAACUGAAGGUUUACGAACUCUUUACUGACUUCACUUUUCUGGUAACAUCCGGUCCUUUUGUUUACACGGCAAUAUCAGUCAUAAAUGUGCUUAUAAACAGUAAGCUUGUGCGUGACCAGACUCCUUUAAUCCUGUCUGUGAAACCUUCUUUCCUUGUGCCAGAGUCCAGGUUCCAAGUUCAAACAGUACUUCAGUUUGUGCCUCCGAGUGUGGAUACUGGCUUCUGCAACUUCACCCAGCGCAUCGAGAAAGGCCUAAUGACAGCUCUCUUUGAAGUGAGAAAACACCACCAGGGAACGUAUAACCUCACUGUGCAGAUCUUGAAUAUCACCGUCAGUUCCUCCAGGGUGACUCCUCGGCGGGGCCCGGUGAAUAUCAUCUUUGCGGUUAAAAGCACACAGGGAUUUUUGAAUGGAUCAGAAGUGAGCGAGCUGCUCAGGAACUUGAGUGUGGUGGAGUUCAGUUUCUAUCUGGGAUACCCAGUACUGCAGAUCGCAGAGCCCUUCCAGUAUCCACAGCUCAACUUAUCUCAGUUGCUGAAGUCCUCCUGGGUCCGAACAGUUCUCUUGGGCGUCGUGGAGAAGCAACUCCAGAAUGAAGUGUUUCAAGCCGAGAUGGAACGCAAGCUGGCCCAGCUGCUCAGUGAGGUUUCCACCAGAAGGCGGAUGUGGAGAAGGGCCACUGUAGCUGCAGGGAACAGCGUGGUGCAGGUGGUAAAUGUGUCGAGGCUGGAGGGAGAUGACAAUCCUGUACAGCUCAUCUACUUUGUGGAGGAUCAAGAUGGAGAAAGACUCAGUGCAGUCAAGUCUUCGGACCUGAUUAACAAGAUGGACCUCCAGAGAGCAGCCAUUAUCUUGGGUUACCGAAUUCAGGGUGCCAUUGCCCAGCCUGUGGACAGGGUGAAGAGGCCGUCUCCGGAAUCCCAGAGCAACAACUUGUGGGUCAUUGUUGGUGUGGUCAUCCCGGUGCUGGUGGUGAUGGUGAUUGUUGUCAUCCUCUACUGGAAACUCUGCCGCACGGACAAGCUGGACUUUCAGCCUGACGCUGUGGCCAACAUUCAGCAGCGUCAGAAGCUGCAGAUCCCGAGUGUGAAGGGCUUCGAUUUUGCUAAGCAGCAUCUGGGUCAGCACAAUAAAGACGACAUAUUGAUUAUUCAUGAGCCAGCGCCACUGCCAGGACCUCUGAAGGACCACACCACGCCCUCGGAAAAUGGGGAUGUGCCAAGCCCCAAGUCAAAGAUCCCUUCCAAGAACGUCCGUCACAGAGGAAGAGUUUCUCCCUCAGAUGCUGACUCUACGGUCAGCGAAGAGUCCAGCGAGAGGGACGCAGGAGAUAAGACACCGGGAGCCGUCAACGAUGGCAGGUCCCACAGAGCCCCGCAGAGCGGGCCACCACUGCCCAGUUCGGGAAAUGAGCAGCACUCAUCAGCCUCCAUCUUCGAGCACGUGGACAGGAUCUCCCGCCCCCCGGAGGCUAGCCGGCGGGUCCCCAGUAAGAUCCAGCUCAUUGCCAUGCAGCCGAUCCCGGCCCCUCCCAUCCAGCGCCCCUCUCCAGCUGACCGAGUGGCAGAAACCAAUAAAAUCAACAAAGAGAUUCAGACCGCGCUGCGGCACAAGUCUGAGAUCGAGCACCAUCGCAACAAGAUCCGCCUGCGCGCCAAGCGCCGCGGGCACUACGAGUUCCCGGUGGUGGACGAACUGUCCUCGGGUGACACCAAGGAGCGACACCGGGUGUACCGCAGGGCGCAGAUGCAGAUCGACAAGAUCCUGGACCCCACGGCCAGCGUGCCCUCCGUGUUCAUAGAGCCCAGGAAGAGCUCACGGAUAAAACGUUCUCCCAAGCCUCGCCGGAAACACCAGGUCAACGGCUGUCCUGCCGACGCUGAGAAGGACCGGCUCAUCACCACAGACAGCGAUGGCACCUACAGGAGGCCCCCCGGCGUCCACAACUCGGCCUACAUCGGAUGCCCAUCGGAUCCUGACCUCCCAGCCGACGUGCAGACACCAUCCUCAGUGGAACUGGGGAGGUAUCCAGCCCUUCCUUUCCCGGCCUCCCAGUAUAUCCCACCCCAGCCGUCCAUCGAGGAGGCACGCCAGACCAUGCACUCCCUCCUGGAUGACGCUUUUGCCCUCGUGGCCCCCAGCAGCCAGCCUGCCAGUGCCGCAGGCGUGGGCCCCGGAGUUCCACCUGGCCUGCCCGCAAACAGCACCCCUUCCCGGGAAGAGAGGCGAACCACGCAGUGGGGGUCCUUCUACAGCCCAGCCCAGACAGCCAACAACCCCUGCAGUAGAUAUGAAGAUUAUGGAAUGACUCCCCCAACAGGUCCAGUGCCAAGACCAGGUUUUGGCCCCGGUUUGCUGCAGUCUUCAGAGCUGGUGCCCCCUGACCCCCAGCAGCCACAGGCCUCCGCUGAAGCCCCAUUUGCUGCCAGAGGGAUCUACUCAGAGGAGAUGCCGUCGGUGGCCCGGCCUCGGCCUGUCGGGGGUACCACAGGCUCCCAGAUCCAGCACCUGACACAGGUGGGGCUUGCCAGCAGAAUCGGAGCUCAGCCAGUGGAAAUCCCCCCAAGCAGAGGCAGCCAGUACGGGGGGCCAGGCUGGCCUUCGUACGGGGAGGACGAAGCAGGGCGAAGAGAGGCCACACACAUGCUCGGACAUCAAGAGUAUUCUUCUUCACCACUAUUUCAGGUGCCAAGGACUUCAAGCAGGGAGCCCUCAGCUCCUCCCGGGAACCUCCCCCACCGGGGGCUGCAGGGCCCUGGGCUGGGUUACCCCACCAGCUCCACGGAAGACCUCCAGCCCGGCCACUCCUCAGCCUCUCUCAUCAAAGCGAUCCGCGAGGAGCUCCUCCGGCUCUCCCAGAAACAGAGCACCGUGCAGAACUUCCAUAGCUGAUCGGCCUCGCCUCGCAGAUUUGCCAAGUAUCCGCUUCCCGUGGAAGCAAGACCAAAAGGAAAUCAACUGAGUGGGUGUUUGGAAGAGGAAGGAGCAACUCCUGCCUAAGGGAGGGAGCAAGUUGCAAUUUAGAAGACGCCAUAUGUCACGUGACAGCUCACAAGCCUUUCACUGGGCUGGCAGUUGACCACUUGGGUUCAGGUUGAAAUGUACGUAUUUUGGCCAAAAGCCAGCAGCACUUCACAAAAACAAAACACAAACCUAAGCUAACAAAACGACUGCAUUCGUCUCUUUUUUAAAGGCAGAGAUUGAACGUAUAGACAGCAUAGGGAUGAAAGGAACCAAGCAUUCCUGUGGCAUUGAGACUGGUAUGUGUACAAUGGACCUGCUGCUUUGUUUUCUGAAAAGAGGUUUGAAGACAUUUUAUUAACAGCUUGAUUUUUCUCUUUUACUCCAUAGGAACUUAUUUUAAUAGUAACAUUAACAACGAGAAUACUAAGACUGUUUGGGAAUUUUAAAAAGCUACUAGUGAGAAACCAAAUGAUAGGUUGUAGAGCCUGAUGACUCCAAACGAAGCCAUCACCCGCAUUCUUCCUCCUUCUUCUGGUGCUAAGCUCCAAGGGCCCUUCACCUUCAUGUCUGAAAUGCAACUUUGGCUUUUUCAGUGGAAGAAUAUGUUGAAGGUUUCAUUUUGUUCUAGAAAAAAAAAAAAAAAAAAAUCCCUCCCAAAGCAGGGCAAAAAGCUUUAUAUUUAUUUGGUUAUCCAAAAUACAGAUCAAAGUUGAGAUCUACAUUCUUCAUUGUAUUUGCUGUUUCUUAAUUGGGCAUAUACAACUCCUGAUCAUGUCCCAGGUCAGCACCGAUCGCUCAGGCCAAUCCUGUAGAAUGAGGCUUUCAAGAGAUCCUCACUGAUCCUUUCUUCACUUUGCUGUUGAUUUGUUCACAAAUUAUGUUUGAAUGAGAAAUCUUCCGUAAGCAAAAGUUAUUUAAGAAUUCCCAGCACCACCACAUUGUUACACAUACAUCCCUACCAGUCACAUUCCCUGUGUUCAGAGCCUGGAAAUGAAAUUGAGUUCAGUUCAGCCUCUGUGUAAUGAAUCAAGAAAUGUAAAAGAGCUUUGAGACCACAAGGGAAA